AUGGAUCCAUAUAGACCACCUGCUUACAAUCAAUAUCGCCCGUCAUACGAACGUCAAUCUUUUGUUUUUCCAACUAUUCAAUCUUCUUAUGUACAACAACAACCUGCAAGACCUAGUUACAUUCGACCAAAUUAUAGACCAAACUAUGGACAUAUGCAAAUUAGUGGGAAUGCAAGUCAGAUAACUUCCACUCUGGGAUCAGAAGUAGAGAAAUUAACAACACUAUUUAUUGGUGGAAUAUCUUCUGGUGUGACUGAUGAUUGGAUGGAAAAAAUUCUAAAGACUUGCGGCACACUUAAAUCUUGGAAACGUGUCAAAGAUCAAUCAGGGAAUCCUAAAGGGUUUGGUUUUGCUGAAUACACUGAUGCUGAUAGUGUUCUACGAGCUUUACGUGUUCUUGGAGGUGAAGGCUCAGGCGAUGAUAAAAAAGAUAAAGGUAUUAUCUUGCCUGCAUUAGAGGAAGGUGCUACUAACAAAAAAUUAAUAGUUAAAGCUGAUGAAAAUACUAGAAAAUAUUUGGAUCAAUAUGAGGCAUCAAGACCUAGAACAGUGGAAAUGACCAAGCCACCUCAAGAGAAACCAGUUUCGCCAUCACCAGUUUUAUCACAGCGCGCAAGAGAUGAGCAGUUAAAAGAGCAUUCUUCUCAUGCAAAAGAACGUAGGGAGAGUAGAGAACGUUCGUAUGGACAUCAUCAUCAACCUGUUAAUUUUGUUCCUGCUAGAGAGUCAAGGCGUGAAUCAUACAUUCUUGAUGAUGAAGAGGAGGAACAAAGAAGACAGGCAAAAAGAAAAAUUGAAAUGGAAGUAGCUUUUAAAGAGAGGGAACGUCGCUGGCAGCAUAGAGAAGAAGAUAUGGCAAUAAAUAGAGAACGUGAAUCAGAACGUGAGUUGAGUAUACGAGAAAAACAAAUACGAGAUCGUGAAUUAAUGGCAAGAAAAUUAGCUGAAUGGGAUGAUGAUAUCGAGGCUGAAAGAGGUCAAGAAGAAUACUAUAGAGAUCGGCCCCGUUGGUGGUUUCAUAGACAACAAUAUAGAGCACGCGAAUUAGCUAUGGAUGAACAAGAUAGGCAUAAAGAACAACAAGAAGUAGAGAAACGUCGUUUAGAAUUGGAACGUAUAAUUGAAGAAGAAAAGAGACAACGAACAGAAGCCAUGGAAACUGAAGUAAAUUUUGAAAAGGAUGCCUCAUUAACAGCAUCAAAUGGUUCACAGAAUAAUAAUAUUAAGGCUAAGCUUACACUCAACCUUUCUUCAAAACGUCGUGCAGCUAAAACUGAGGAACGUAGGAAAAAAAUUAAAGAUUUGGUAGAGACUAUUCCUACCGAUAAAGAAGGUUUAUGGAAAUGGAAUGUUAAAUGGGAAGAGUUGGACGAGGCAAUAAUUGAGAAGAAAUUAAAACCAUUUGUUAGUAAAAAAAUAGUAGAAUAUUUUGGUGUACAAGAAGAUGAGUUGGUUUCAUUUACAUUGGAUGAAGAAUCAGAGCUCUUUGUGAUGAAAUUAUGGCGGAUGUUAAUCUUUGAAACAGAGAGCAAAGCAAAAAAACUUUAG